CAGGAAUCUAUGUACAUUGAGGAGUCCUCAAAUAAAAAUGGUGUGAUUUCUUUGAUUUUCUCUCUGAAAGAAGAAGUUGGGGCAUUGGCUAAAGUUCUCCGCACAUUUGAGGAAAAAGAUAUAAACCUGACCCACAUUGAGUCUCGACCUUCCCGUCUCAACAAAGAUGAGUAUGAAUUUUUCAUUAACUUGGAAGGCAAGAAUGUCCCAGCACUGGACAAGAUCAUCAAGUCCUUGAGAAAUGAUAAUGGAGCAACAGUCCAUGAACUUUCACGAACAAAGAAGAAGGACACAGUGCCAUGGUUCCCAAGAAGUAUCCAGGAGCUGGACAGGUUUGCCAAUCAGAUCCUCAGCUAUGGAGCAGAAUUGGAUGCUGAUCAUCCUGGGUUCAAAGAUCCUGUGUACCGUGCCCGGAGGAAAGAGUUUGCAGAUAUUGCCUACAACUACAGACAUGGCCAACCUAUUCCUCGAGUCACCUACACAGAAGAAGAAAAGAAAACAUGGGGCACUGUCUUCAGGGAGCUGAAGAGUCUCUAUCCAACUCAUGCUUGUUAUGAACACAACCAUGUAUUCCCACUGCUGGAGAAGUACUGUGGCUACCAGGAGGACAACAUUCCCCAGCUUGAAGAUGUUUCAAAAUUUUUGCAGACCUGCACUGGAUUUCGCCUGCGUCCUGUUGCAGGCUUGCUCUCUUCUCGGGAUUUCUUGGCUGGGCUGGCGUUCCGAGUAUUCCACUCUACGCAGUAUAUUCGCCAUGCAUCCAAACCAAUGUACACACCAGAGCCUGAUAUUUGCCAUGAGCUGCUAGGACAUGUGCCUCUCUUUGCUGAUCCCAGUUUUGCUCAGUUCUCCCAGGAAAUUGGACUGGCAUCUCUGGGAGCUCCGGAUGAUUUCAUCGAGAAACUUGCUACGGUGUAUUGGUUUACAGUGGAGUUUGGACUAUGUAAGGAAGGCGAUUCACUCAAGGCAUAUGGUGCAGGGCUGCUGUCUUCAUUUGGGGAGCUGCAGUAUUGUUUAUCAAGUAAGCCCGAGAUUCAGCCUCUUGUCCUGGAGAAGACUGCUGUGCAGAAGUACCCUGUUACUGAGUUCCAGCCUGUUUAUUAUGUUGCUGAAAGUUUUAAAGAUGCAAAACAAAAGCUAAGGAAAUUUGCUCAAACGAUCCCUCGUCCUUUCUCUGUUCGGUACAACCCCUACACCCAGAGGAUUGAAGUCUUGGACAAUGUAAAGCAGCUGAAGAACUUAGCUGACACUAUCAAUAGUGAGAUGGGGAUCCUUUGCAAUGCCCUCCAGAAGAUAAAAUGAAGAUUUGCUGUAACUUGCUAAUCACUGGCUACUGAAUAGAAGCUGCCAUGUGCAAAUGCCAGUCUUCAACUAGGCUCAGUCUAUUAUCUUCCUGUGUACUGCAUGAAUGCUUAUGUUAUAUAUCUUAAUUACUAUAGAUUAGGAGAGAAAUAGACAUCUUCAGGUGACCCUUGACUCUUUUGGCCUUCAGACACUAAUCCAUUUUCUUGCACUAAUGCAUAAAUAUGAUCUUAGUUCUGGGAAUCCUGGGAAAGCCUCCGUAACUCUUGUGCCCAAGGUUAGCAGAAGGAGAUCUCUGCCAUGCAGUGCUAUACUCUGUUGCCACUGUGAAGUUGCAUUACCACCCUGAUCCCAGGGACAAGAUAACAAUGACUAACAGACUAAUCCACAUUGCUUCCUCUCACAGUCCCCUUGGUCCCAUACAUUUGUGUAAGAUGCCCAUGGAGUCUCAAACUCUACACCUUUCAGAGGGUAUACAUAUACUGUUUGGCCCUCUGUACCUCUACUUUUACACACAAGCACCUCUAUACUGAAAUAUUUCUAUGUUUCCUAAAAAUAUGAUGCUGCUAUUAACAGAAAAGACAGCAAGUAUACUGCAGCCUCAUUAACAAAGAUUGAUCCCAAUGUAUAAAUACACUGUAUUUGCACAAGCACCUAUCCCAAAAAGGUUUGUGCAAGUCAAGAACUCUGUAUGUUGUGACAUUUCACUGGGUUGCAGAGUCCCUCAGCAAGGCACUGAGACUGCUUAUCCAGAGCAUGGAGUCUCUGACUCAAUACAGUACCCACAAAAAAGCCCCUUCAGAGGAGAGUUACCUGAAGGCGAGUCUAUGUGACUUUUUGCAGUUGGAUGUGAGGUCAGUUGUCAAUAAUUUGUGCAAGCAAGAAGCCAUGCAGAUGUUUUAGCAGGGCAUCAAGGCCUUAUUAGUCCAGUCUCAGAGCUGUGCUGUCUGUGAUGUUGUGUAAUGUCAUAGAUUCAGAGCCGAUUGAGCACCUGUCAGCUUAUGGAAAAGGGAGACCUCUCUUUAUAGACAUCUACUCACUGUGGAAGGCUGAAAUGUGAAGGCUACCUUGUGUUGUGUGCAUCCUUCUCUGAGAGUGCUUUAUUCAGCACUGCUACAAGGUGUCUCCUAAC